CUCUAUACAUUUCUGUUACUGUUUUUUCUACAGCUUUCAUGAACAGAACAGUGGUGUAUAACAAGGAUAGACUGAUAAACUUAGUAGCGAAAAGACCGAAAGGUGUGCCCCUGGUCACAGUAUCAAACCAUCACUCAUGUUUUGAUGAUCCAGGACUUUGGGGUGUGCUGCCAGUAAAAUAUGUUUGUAACACUUUUAAAAUACGUUGGUCGAUGGCGGCGCAUGACAUAUGUUUUACAAACAAAUUGCAUUCUUAUUUCUUUAUGUAUGGAAAGUGCAUUCCAGUAGUACGCGGCAUUGGUGUAUAUCAAGAUGCAGUCAAUUUAUGUAUACAGAAAUGUGCUUUGGGUCAUUGGGUACAUGUCUUUCCAGAGGGUAAAGUUAAUAUGACGAAAGACGAAAUGCGCCUUAAGUGGGGUGUAGGACGUAUUAUAUAUGAAUCACCUCGCAUACCGAUCAUAUUGCCUAUGUGGCAUGAAGGUAUGGAUGAAGUACUGCCAAAUGUUGAACCGUAUGUAUUGAAGUGGCGUAAAAAAGUCACGCUCAAUAUAGGACAACCUAUAGAUUUAAAUGACUUCAUAAGCGAUCUAAAAAGUAGAAGUGUGCCAGAACCGGUGGCAAGAAAGUUAAUUACUGAUAAGAUACAACAAGUAUUUCAAAAAUUACGUUUAGAAACCGUGGAACUCCAUAAAAGACGUACAUAGUCUUCCUCAUUAGUGCUAGUUUUUAUUAGGUAUUCUAAUGUAUAUGUUUUUUUUCUUCCCUUUAUGUGUU